GUGGAUGAGUUGUAUGAGGUGUUCUGUAUCCAGCGGAAGCUGAGGGAGGGAGCCAGUAAGAUGAAGCAGGCCUUCUCUGCCUCUCCCUCCACUAAGGCCAGCAGAGAGAGCAUAUUAGAGGUCAACCGCAGAUACAAGGAGUACACAGAGGUAUGUAUGGACCCACACACAAAUCAGCCUAUUUACCGGUGCUAUAUGAUCACCCACUGAGAUCUAACACAGCCUGGUGUCAAAGUUUUCUCCAGUUGUUUGUUUUUGAGCUGAUCAGUCUCCUUUCCUCCCCAGAAUAUGAGCACAUUUGAGGUGGAGCUGGAGAACCUGUUGGGGGAAUUCCAUAUCAAAAUGAAAGGUAAGACUGAGGCCAGUUAGGGUAGACCGAAAACAAACAAGCAAUAAUUUCACUGCCCAAUUAUCUCUCCGUCUCACUCUUUCUCCCCCCCCCCCUCCCCCCCUCUCUUCCUCACUCACCCACCCACCCCCUCUCUCUCUGCCCCCCUCUUCUCUCUCCUCUCUAUCUCUCUCUCUCUCGUCAGGUCUUGCUGGCUUUGCUCGUCUCUGUUCAGGAGACCAGUAUGAGGUGAGAUUAAUGAAUAUAAGACUUGACUCUCUCUUUCUCUGUCUUUAUCAUUCCUAACAGGCCCUCUCUGUAUCACAAAUAGACAACUAUAUCUUUCCAUAUCUGCAGACUGCCUCGAAAACGGCACUUAUAAAUAAAUAAAAACAACUGUUUCUUAGCUUAUCUCUGACUCCUUGGCCCUGCAUCUAUCUUUAACCUCUCUCUUUCUCUCACCCCCUCUCUCUUCCUCCUCUAUCUCUCUACCCCUCUUUCUCCCUCUCCGCCCUCCCUCCAUCUCUUUGUUUCUUUCCCUCCCUCCCUCCCUCCCUCCCUCCCUCCCUCCCUCCCUCCCUCCCUCCCUCCCUCCCACUCCUCUCUGUCUCCUCUCUCUCCCUCCCUCCCUCCCACUCCUCUCUGUCUCCUCUCUCUCCCUCCCUCCCUCCCACUCCUCUCUGUCUCCUCUCUCUCCCUCCCUCCCUCUCCCUCCCUCCCUCCCUCUCCCUCCUCUCUCUCCCUCCCUAUGUUCUUCCCUCCCUCCCUCUCCCUCCUCUCUGUCUCCUCUCUCUCCCUCCCUAUGUUCUUCCCUCCCUACCUCUCACUCCUCUCUGUCUCCUCUCCCUCCCUCCCUCCCUCCCUCCGUCAGAUCUUCAUGCGGUAUGGGCGUCAGCGAUGGAAACUGAAGGGGAAGAUAGAGGUGAACUCCAGACAGAGCUGGGACGGAGAGGAGAUGGUCUUCACGCCCCUCAUCACAGACCUCAUCAACAUCAAGGUACAGCAAAAUCAGUCAGUCAAUCAAUCAACCAACAAAUCAAUUAUAUUUAUAAAUAAAUAUUUAUGUCAACAUUCUUCAAAGUGCUUUACAGUAACCCAGCCUAGAGUACAGUAACCCAGCCUAGAGAACAGUAUCCCAGCCUAGAGUACAGUAACCCAGCCUAGAGAACAGUAACCCAUCCUAGAGAACAGUAACCCAGCCUAGAGAACAUUAUCCCAGCCUAGAGUACAGUAACCCAGCCUAGAGAACAGUAUCCCAGCCUAGAGUACAGUAACCCAGCCUAGAGAACAGUAUCCCAGCCUAGAGAACAGUAUCCCAGCCUAGAGAACAGUAUCCCAGCCUAGAGUACAGUAACCCAGCCUAGAGUACAGUAACCCAGCCUAGAGAACAGUAACCCAGCCUAGAGUACAGUAACCCAGCCUAGAGAACAGUAACCCAGCCUAGAGUACAGUGGCCAGACUAGAGAACAGUAACCCAGCCUAGAGAACAGUAACCCAUCCUAGAGAACAGUAUCCCAGCCUAGAGAACAGUAUCCCAGCCUAGAGUACAGUAACCCAGCCUAGAGUACAGUAACCCAGCCUAAAGUACAGUAACCCAGCCUAGAGAACAGUAACCCAGCCUAGAGAACAGUAACCCAUCCUAGAGAACAGUAUCCCAGCCUAGAGAACAGUAACCCAGCCUAGAGAACAGUAACCCAUCCUAGAGAACAGUAACCCAGCCUAGAGAACAGUAACCCAGCCUAGAGAACAGUAACCCAGCCUAGAGUACAGUAACCCAGCCUAGAGAAAAGUAACCCAGCCUAGAGAACAGUAACCCAGCCUAGAGAACAGUAUCCCAGCCUAGAGUACAGUAACCCAGCCUAGAGUACAGUAACCCAGCCUAGAGUACAGUAACCCAGCCUAGAGUACAGUAACCCAGCCUAGAGAACAGUAACCCAGCCUAGAGAACAGUAUCCCAGCCUAGAGAACAGUAUCCCAGCCUAGAGAACAGUAUCCCAGCCUAGAGAACAGUAUCCCAGCCUAGAGUACAGUAUCCCAGCCUAGAGAACAGUAUCCCAGCCUAGAGAACAGUAUCCCAUCCUAGAGAACAGUAACCCAGCCUAGAGUACAGUGGCCAGACUAGAGAACAGUAACCCAGCCUAGAGAACAGUAACCCAUCCUAGAGAACAGUAACCCAGCCUAGAGAACAGUAUCCCAGCCUAGAGUACAGUAACCCAGCCUAGAGAACAGUAUCCCAGCCUAGAGAACAGUAUCCCAGCCUAGAGAACAGUAUCCCAGCCUAGAGAACAGUAUCCCAGCCUAGAGAACAGUAUCCCAGCCUAGAGCACAGUAACCCAUCCUAGAGUACAGUAACCCAUCCUAGAGUACAGUGGCCAGACUAGAGAACAGUAUCCCAGCCUAGAGAACAGUAUCCCAGCCUAGAGAACAGUAUCCCAUCCUAGAGUAAAAUAACCCAGCCUAGAGUACAGUAACCCAGCCUAGAGAACAGUAACCCAGCCUAGAGAACAGUAACCUAGCCUAGAGAACAGUAUCCCAGCCUAGAGAACAGUAUCCCAUCCUAGAGAACAGUAUCCCAUCCUAGAGAACAGUAACCCAGCCUAGAGAACAGUAACCCAUCCUAGAGAACAGUAUCCCAGCCUAGAGAACAGUAUCCCAGCCUAGAGAACAGUAUCCCAUCCUAGAGAACAGUAACCCAGCCUAGAGAACAGUAACCCAGCCUACAGUACAGCAGCCAGACUAGGGAAGUGGGGUUCAGUCCUGGUCUUGGGGAACCACAGAAUGUGCAAGCUUUUGUUCCAGCCCAGCACUAACCCACCUGAAUGACCCUCUAACUUCCUGUCUCUGGUCCAAUCACUUGACGAGCUGAACGGGUCUAGCCACUCACAUCCUGGUGGGCAGUGUGAUCUUACUUCCUUUCUCUGGUCCAAUCAGCUCCAACUUCCGGUCUCUUGUCCAAUCAGGUUACCGAGCUGAAGGGUCUAGCCACUCACAUCCUAGUGGGCAGUGUGAUCUGUGAGACCAAGGACCUGUUCACCGCCAUGCCUCAGGUGGUGGCUGUCGAUGUCAACGACCUGGGAACAAUCAAACUCAAUCUGGAGGUCACAUGGUUGUAAGUGGACUUAAAUGUCUCUUUGAGGGAUGGACAUGUUUUUAAAGUUUUGUUAGUGACUGUUGAAUUAGAGGAAGUUCACAGAGGAAGUUAACAGAAAGUUAUUGGUGUGGUGCAAGGAGCAGAAAAACAUGAACAACAUGGAAACAGUAAGUGAAACCAAAACAUAUUGUAGGACAUAGUAUUAUAAACUACACAAUAAAUACUACGGUGGUUAGUUACAACAGUGUACGUUGACUACAUGAAGUUAUACUGUAACACUGCCCUCUUCUGGAGAACCUGGGUGUCUGCUCCAGUGUUACAGCAGCAUUACCAUAGUAGACUUCUUACCCUCCUAACCGUCUCUCUGUCCUCCCCCCAUGCAGUCCGUUCGAUGUGGAGGACCUGACCCUGUCUUCAGGCAACGUGAGCAAGGCCACCGCCCUGCAGAGACGGGUGUCUGUCUACAGCCAGGGCACGCCAGAGACACCCACCUUCCAGGACCAGUCCUUCUUUGUGAGUCCCAGUUAGAGCCUCCUCUCCCUGGGGUGGGAUAGGGGAGAGGAGUGGGUGUAUGGCUCUAGUCCCAAUGUUGUCUUAUAGCACAGCAUUCUGCAUACUAGCACCUUCCUGCUCACAGGAUCCCUCGUUGCACUAACCCUCUAACCCACUUACCCAGGAUUGCUUUAAACUGUGAAACUGUAUGCAAUGUAUAUGUGUCUGUGUAUGCUAACAAAGCAAUGGCUAAGUCUGACUAACCCUAACCCACCCGCCAUACCCUCCUUGCCCCCCAUCCUCCCUCCCUCCCUCGUACCACCCCUCCACCCCUCUGCACCCAUUCAUCCUCCCUCCACCCCCCUGCUCCCUAUGAGUGGUAAAGGAGUUGCACCCCCGCCCCUCCCCGACCCAGCAUCGCUUCUCCUUCCUCCACGCCCUGAGGAACUCCCUGUUAGAGAAGCUGAGAUGCAGUCGCUCCUUUGGCGACCUGGCCUCCCUCCGCCCCAGGCCCAAGUCCAGCCUGGAGGUCUAUGUGAGUGAGGUGUGCUACUGUAGUGCUAGCCCCGUUUACCCCUGCCUGUGUGGCUGUGCCUGCACCUGCUUAUUUGUUUGCAUGGAGUGGCUUGUGUCAGCCUGUGUUCACGUCCCAGACUGAAACAACAGUAGGAGGGGGGAAAGAGGAGGAUGUUGUGAUGUCACUAGACUAGCGAAGCACCUACAGGCUCUCUCUCUCUCCUACCCUCUUCUCUCUCUAGCGGACUCUCUCUCUCUCCCUACCCUCUCUCUUCUCUCAUCUGACUCUCUCUCUCUCCCCACCCUCUCUCUUCUCUCAUCUGACUCUCUCUCUCUCCCUACCCUCUCUCUUCUCUCAUCUGACUCUCUCUCUCUCCCUACCCUCUCUCUCUCUCACGACCUUCUCUCUCCCUACCUCUCUCUUCCUCAUCUAAACUCCCCUCCUCUCCCCCCCCUCUCUCUCCUCCCACCCUCUCUCUCUCUCUCUCUCUCCCUACCCUCUCUCUUCUCUCAUUUUGACUCUCUCUCUCUCCCCCUACCCUCUCUUUUCCCUCUCAUCACUCUCUCUCUCUCUCCCCACCCUCUCUUCUCCCCCACCCUCCCCUCCUCUCUCCUCCCUACCCUCUCAUCUGACUCUCUCCCCUCUCCCCCCCUCUCUCUUCUCUCAUCUGACUCUCUCUCUCUCCUACCCUCUCUCUUCUCUCUCUGACUCUCUUCCUCUCCCCCCCUCUCUUUUUCUCUCAUCUGACCUCCCCUCUCCCCUCCCCCACCCUCUCUCUCUCUUUCUCUCUUGCCCCACCCUCUCUCUCUCUUUCCCCACCCUCUCUCUCUUUCCCCCUCUCUCUCCCCUCUCUCUCUCUCUUUCUCUCUCUCUCUCUCCAGUCCACCCUGCCUGACGACGUCUUUGAGAACGGUGUGUGUGGCAACGCUGAGUGCAAGCGCCUCUCCUUCACCUUUUCCGAUACCUCAGUCUCCUCCCCCAGCCCAAGCCUCGCCCCCGGCCAGUCCAACCCCGAAAUCACCGUCACGCCUCCUGAGACCGACCCCUGGCCCCAAAUAUCCCAGAGGGAAGACAAAGGGGUAGAAGAGACGGUUCGGGUGCACGCAGACGUAGUGGAAGAGGAAGAGGGUGAGGAGGAAGAGGAGAGUGGUGACAGCGGCGGUAGUGUGAGCGCUAGCCUGGUUAGCGAGGAGGCGGAGUCAGAGUGGGAGAGGGCAGAGUUCCAGUGUAACGUAGGUUCCUCUUCUCUCUGCUCGGAGAGUCAGUUGUCAGCUGUGGCUCCUGAGGAUGUGUUCCUGGACCACACUGGGCCUGACAGGGAUGGAGAUGAGGACGACAGGUAAUAUGUGAUUGAUGUUUUGUCUUUAUGAUGUUUAUUGCGCAGAGGCCAAACUAAUCUCCCCUCAAUUAAAUUGUAUUGUAUGUAUUCUAUUCUAUUGAAUUCUAUUAUAUUCUAUUGUCAGCUCGGAGCUGCUGAAGCCCGUGGAACUGGACACUGAAGAACCAGGCAGCUUGACCAGGCAGCUGGUGAGGAGGCUGACGUCGUCCGACAUUCUGCCCGAGGUGGUGGCUCUGAGCUGGGCCGGGGAGGGAAGCAGGGCCUUCCUGGAGAGCAGCCUGGAGGAGGCCCUGCACAGCCUGCUGCUGAGGCUGGAAUCACUGGGACAACGCUGUAGAGAGCUGCAGGACCUGGAACAGGAAGUGAUGCGCCUGGAGGACCUGCUCAAGGUGAGGCCUGGCUGCCAUGUCCCCUGUGCCAUUCCAAAUAGCACCCUGUUCCCUAUGUAGUGCACUACCUUAUGUGGCCUUGGCCGAAAGCUGGACAAUGUAUAGGGUACAAGGUGCCUUUUGGGAUUUGCCCUGGGAUCAGAUUUGUUGUUUAUUUUUCAUAAAGAUAAAUGAUCUGGUUUUUAAGAGUGGUAGUUCAUGUAUGCUGUUAAGGUGAUUGGAGCUUUAUUGUGGUAUUGACAUAUAUUAACAUAUAUUAGAACCCCCCAUGGCAGCAGGUGGCCUCCAUUAGUAUUAGUCUAGCCAACCCCUGGCAGGGCUUUUCAGGGCUUUUUAGGGCUGAGUAUUUCAGGGUCUCAUCUUUCCCUCAGUGCUGUCUCCCGGGCUACUGUAGUAAGUCGUCCAGAUUCUUAUAGCGCCUAGUCUCCCUUAGUGCUAGCCCUCCAAGCAGGGUUUCAGUAUCUCCUGACAUCUCUCCCUCAGUGUCGUCUCCCGGGCCACAGGAGCAGGUCGUCCAGCCUCAGCCUGACGGUUGAGAGUGCCCUGGAGAGCUUUGACUUCCUUAACACCUCUGACUUCGACGAUGAUGAUACGGGUGAUGACCACGCUCUCCACAGCUCUGUGUUCUUUGACAUGGAGGUGGAGAGAAUUGGGUGAGUCGAGAGGGAGGGGAGGAGGGGGGGAAAGUCCCCUCCCCUGUACUCUCUCUAGUCUACUACACCCUCUGUCCCUACCUGGGAGAUGGUGGUGGUGACCCUGCCUGUCUCCUUCUGUCUGACCUCUAACCCCACUGUCACGCCACAUCUCUCCACGGCCAAUGAGAUUCCAAGGGGCCUUUGUGUAUCUGUGUGUGUGUGUGUGUGUGUAUCCCUGUGUGUGCGUAAACCGGUGUGCGUAUCCGUGUGUGUGACUAACCCAGGCUGUCUCUCUCCCCUCUCCUUCUCCCCCUAUCUCUCCCCCAUCUCCCCCCCCCCAUCUGUCUCUCCCCUUCUCCUUCUCCCCCCUCUAUAGAUCUCUCUCCCCUCUCCUUCUCCUCAUCUGUCUCUCCCCCUCUCCUUCUCCCCCCCCCCCCCAUAUCUGUCUCUCUCCCCCUCUCCUUCUCCCCCCCCAUAUCUGUCUCUCUCCCCCUCUCCCCCCUAUAGGUCUCCCCCCUCCCUAUAGGUCUCUCCCCUCCCUAUAGGUCUCUCCCCCCAUCGGUCUCCCCCCCUCUCCUUCUCUCCCCCCCAUCGGUCUCUCUUCCCCUACUGUUUGUCUCUCCAGCCCUGUGCCUCUGUCCAGUGGAGUCAGGUUAACAGUCUCUGCCAGGUGUAGGUUCUUUAGGGUUAGACUGUUGUCUUGUGACUGUCUGUGUCACUGUGACUGUCAUGUAUGGUGUAUGUUAUGCGGUGUGAUUAUGAUUGUUAUCGCUGUUGUCAGCCUAACAGUAUCAUGGCUUGGUCUGUUUGUCUGUGCCAUGCCCUAUGUGUCUCUCUGGCCAUGUCCCUCUCCUAUCUCUCUUUCUGUCCACCUCUGGUGCCCACUUCCUGUCCAGAUCACAGUCCUAGAGCGUUUGUAUAAUUCAAUAAACAUUGUAGGGUGUUACUCUAUACUGAAAAUGAGUAGAUGUUUGUUAGCCAGUAAAUGCUAUUCUGUACCAUAGCCUCUAUAUUACGAUGGAACAAAUUACUUAAUGGAAGCAUAAUGCAUUUAACUCUAGCAUCCCAUAUCAUGCUGAUUUACAUAUACAUACUGUUAUAUUCUCAUGGUUUUAGUAGUGAUUGUAUGAAAAAUGUAUGCACUCACUAACUGUAAGUCGCUCUGGAUAAGAGCAUCUGCUAAAUGACUAAAAUGUAAAUGUAAAAAAUAAAAAAAUCCACUUCUACACUCUGCUGCUGCCCUCUGGUGGUGACUGUGUGUAUCUCCUGUCUGUCUAACAGGCCUGGAGGCCAGCACCCAGAGGCCAGGGGCCACCUGAGUGAAGCCCUGACGGAGGACACCGGGGUGGGCAACAGUGUGGCCGGCAGCCCCCUGCCUCUCACCACCGGCAAUGAGAAUCUGGAUGUGGCCAUCGUCAUUCACCUGCAGUACUGCGAUCAUCUCAUCCAGGUGAAUGAACAUGCUCCAGUGCCCUCACAGAGGAACUCUGGAAAAUGACACAGAAUUGAUUGUUUUUGUUUUUCUUAUGAUAUUGCUAUAGACAAGCAUGUUUCAAAUCCACUGAGUUCCUAUUAGGCGGUCUCAUUUCAAUGUCAAAUUAUUUAUUUUUCUCCAAUCGAUAACAAACUAGACUCUGUCAUGCUAACUAAUUACAGAGUCUUGCGCAGAUGUAGUGAAAUGAAAUUAGCAUUGAUCGAAGAGUGUGGCCGGGAAGUUCUCUUGUCAUUUAUUGUCCAUGACUGCACUGAAGUGUGGAGACUAACACUAGACUACAUGGUUUGACUACACUGUGUGACUGUGUGUGCACCAACUCAAUCUCUGUGUGUAAUGACAGCUCCUGUCCAGUGGAGAGAACCCUUGGCAGCGUAGAGCCCAGCUCCAGAAGCUGUCAGCUCAGACUCAGCUGUUAGAGGAACUGGGAGAGAUCAGCACAGAACGCCUCGGGAGCAUCACCUCAGCUGCUGACGGUGGGUUGUCUCUCUCGCUACUUUACAGACCAUUGUUUGGUAAAUAUUCAUAUAAUGGAGGCUACUCUGUACUCUCUCUGGGGCAAGGAACUGGGUCUUUGGAAAACUGAGCCAUUAGACAUAAAGCACAUUUCCGUACAACCAUAAUGAAUCUCUAUGUCCUCCCUCCUCUCUCUCAGUGCUCCCAGGGCUGGCAGAGCGGCCUGCUCUGAUGGCUCUGUGGUCGGAGUGUAGUGGUUCAGGAGGACUGUUCCAUACUACGCUGGACAGGGUGCUUAAACACAUGCACCACAGCUACACCAGCCCACUGCAGGAGAAGCACCCACACACCACAGCUGAAACAGGUAGGGCUCUAUUUCUGUCUGUGUGUGUUUGUAGCUAUGUGUGUCCAACAUAUACAAAGUGUAUGAUGUGUAUGUGAGUAAAUUGAUUGUAUUACACCAUAGUUCAGGGAUCAUCAACUAGAUUCAGCCAUGGGCCGAUUUUGUUUUCUUGCGCAGAUGGUCGAGGGGCCAGAACAUAAUUACAAAUAAUUUGUAGACUGCAAAUUGACUGCAAGAAGCCCAAACAGAUAUAAUAUUUGACUAAAAUAUAAACAUUUCAAACCUUGCUUACAUUUUUAUACUAUCACGUCUCUCUAUUAUGCAUGGGAAUACUUGGGAAUUGAUUUCCAAAAUUAAAAUCACUUGGAGCUGAUUUCCUGAUGUUUUUACAGUCUUUUAUGUCCAACAAUGAAAAUGCUCAAAAAACAACUAAAUAAUGUUUUCUUUGUUGUUGCUUAGAAAACUUGGGGGCCAAAUAAAACCGCCAAUUGGGGAACCCUGCCAUAGUGUGUAGUGCAGUUGUACUGUCACUGUAUACAUCUCACACGGCUGUCUCAGUACUGUCACUAUAUACAGUGCAUUCAGAAAGUAUUUGGACCCCAUUACUUUUUCCACAUUUUGUUACAUUACUGCCUUAUUCUAAAAUUGAUUAAAUAAAUAAAAAUCCUCAUCAAUCUACACACAAUACCCCAUAAUGACAAAGCAAAAACAGGUUUUUAGAAAUUCAAAAACAGAAAUACCUUAUUUACAGUGAGGGAAAAAAGUAUUUGAUCCCCUGCUGAUUAUGUAUGUUUGCCCACUGACAAAGAAAUGAUCAGUCUAUAAUUUUAAUGGUAGGUUUAUUUGAACAGUGAGAGACAGAAUAACAACAACAAAAAUCCAGAAAAACAUAUGUCAAAAAUGUUAUAAAUUGAUUUGCAUUUUAAUGAGGAAAAUAAGUAUUUGACCCCCUCUCAAUCAGAAAGAUUUCUGGCUCCUUAAAGGGAGUGCUCCUAAUCUCAGCUUGUUACCUGUAUAAAAUACACAUGUCCACAGAAGCAAUCAAUCAAUCAGAUUCCAAACUCUCCACCAUGGCCAAGACCAAAGAGCUCUCCAGGGAUGUCAGGGACAAGAUUGUAGACCUACACAAGGCUGGAAUGGGCUACAAGACCAUCGCCAAGCAGCUUGGUGAGAAGGUGACAACAGUUGGUACGAUUAUUCGCAAAUGGAAGAAACACAAAAGAACUGUCAAUCUACCUCGGCCUGGGGCUCCAUGCAAGAUCUCACCUCGUGGAGUUGCAAUGAUCAUGAGAACGAUGAGGAAUCAGCGGGAGGAUCUUGUCAAUGAUCUCAAGGCAGCUGGGACCAUAGUCACCAAGAAAACAAUUGGUAACACACUACGGAGUGAAGGACUGAAAUCCUGCAGCGCCCGCAAGGUCCCCCUGCUCAAGAAAGCAAAUAUACAGGCCCGUCUGAAGUUUGCCAAUGAACAUCUGAAUGAUUCAGAGAAGAACUGGGUGAAAGUGUUGUGGUCAGAUGAGACCAAAAUCGAGCUCUUUGGCAUCAACUCAACUCGCCGUGUUUGGAGGAGGAGGAAUGCUGCCUAUGACCCCAAGAACACCAUCCCCACCGUCAAACACGGAGGUGGAAACAUUAUGUUUUGGGGGUGUUUUUCUGCUAAGGGGACAGGACAACUUCACUGCAUCAAAGGGACGAUGGACGGGGCCAUGUACCGUCAAAUCUUGGGUGAGAACCUCCUUCCCUCAGCCAGGGCAUUGAAAAUAGGUCGUGGAUGGGUAUUUCAGCAUGACAAUGACCCAAAACACACGGCCAAGGCAACAAAGGAGUGGCUCAAGAAGAAGCACAUGAAGGUCCUGGAGUGGCCUAGCCAGUCUCCAGACCAUAAUCCCAUAGAAAAUCUGUGGAGGGAGCUGAAGGUUCGAGUUGCCAAACAUCAGCCUCGAAACCUUAAUGACUUGGAGAAGAUCUGCAAAGAGGAGUGGGACAAAAUCCCUCCUGAGAUGUGUGCAAACCUGGUGGCCAACUACAAGAAACAUCUGACCUCUGUGAUUGCCAACAAGGGUUUUGCCACCAAGUACUAAGUCAUGUUUUGCAGAGGGGUCAAAUACUUAUUUCCCUCAUUAAAAUGCAAAUCAAUUUAUAAAAUUUUUGACAUGCAUUUUUCUGGAUUUUUGUUUUGUUAUUCUGUCUCUCACUGUUCAAAUAAACCUACCAUUAAAAUUACAGACUGAUCAUGUCUUUGUCAGUGGGCAAACAUACAAAAUCAGCAGGGGAUCAAAUACUUUUUUCCCUCACUGUAUACAGUGGGGAAAAAAAGUAUUUAGUCAGCCACCAAUUGUGCAAGUUCUCCCACUUAAAAAGAUGAGAGAGGCCUGUAAUUUUCAUCAUAGGUACACGUCAACUAUGACAGACAAAUUGAGAAAAAAAAAUCCAGAAAAUCACAUUGUAGGAUUUUUAAUGAAUUUAUUUGCAAAUUAUGGUGGAAAAUAAGUAUUUGGUCACCUACAAACAAGCAAGAUUUCUGGCUCUCACAGACCUGUAACUUCUUCUUUAAGAGGCUCCUCUGUCCUCCACUCGUUACCUGUAUUAAUGGCACCUGUUUGAACUUGUUAUCAGUAUAAAAGACACCUGUCCACAACCUCAAACAGUCACACUCCAAACUCCACAAUGGCCAAGACCAAAGAGCUGUCAAAGGACACCAAAAACAAAAUUGUAGACCUGCACCAGGCUGGGAAGACUGAAUCUGCAAUAGGUAAGCAGCUUGGUUUGAAGAAAUCAACUGUGGGAGCAAUUAUUAGGAAAUGGAAGACAUACAAGACCACUGAUAAUCUCCCUCGAUCUGGGGCUCCACGCAAGAUCUCACCCCGUGGGGUCAAAAUGAUCACAAGAACGGUGAGCAAAAAUCCCAGAACCACACGGGGGGACCUAGUGAAUGACCUGCAGAGAGCUGGGACCAAAGUAACAAAGCCUACCAUCAGUAACACACUACGCCACCAGGGACUCAAAUCCUGCAGUGCCAGACGUGUCCCCCUGCUUAAGCCAGUACAUGUCCAGGCCCGUCUGAAGUGCAUUUGGAUGAUCCAGAAGAGGAUUGGGAGAAUGUCAUAUGGUCAGAUGAAACCAAAAUAUAACUUUUUGGUAAAAACUCAACUCGUUAUGUUUGGAGGACAAAGAAUGCUGAGUUGCAUCCAAAGAAUACCAUACCUACUGUGAAGCAUGGGGUUGGAAACAUCAUGCUUUGGGGCUGUUUUUCUGCAAAGGGACCAGGACGACUGAUCCGUGUAAAGGAAAGAAUGAAUGGGGCCAUGUAUCGUGAGAUUUUGAGUGAAACCCUCCUUCCAUCAGCAAGGGCAUUGAAGAUGAAACGUGGCUGGGUCUUUCAGCAUGACAAUGAUCCCAAACACACCGCCCGGGCAACGAAGGAGUGGCUUCGUAAGAAGCAUUUCAAGGUCCUGGAGUGGCCUAGCCAGUCUCCAGAUCUCAACCCCAUAGAAAAUCUUUGGAGGGAGUUGAAAGUCUGUGUUGCCCAGCGACAGCCCCAAAACAUCACUGCUCUAGAGGAGAUCUGCAUGGAAGAAUGGGCCAAAAUACCAGCAACAGUGUGUGAAAACCUUGUGAAGACUUACAGAAAACGUUUGACCUGUGUCAUUGCCAACAAAAGGUAUAUAACAAAGUAUUGAGAAACGUUUGUUAUUGACCAAAUACUUAUUUUCCACCAUCAUAUGCCAAUAAAUUCAUUAAAAAUCCUACAAUGUGAUUUUCUGGAUUUUUUUUUUCUCAUUUUGUCUGUCAUAGUUGACGUGUACCUAUGAUGAAAAUUACAGGCCUCUCUCAUCUUUUUAAGUGGGAGAACUUGCACAUUUGGUGGCUGACUAAAUACUUUUUUUCCCCACUGUAUAAGUAUUCAGAGACUCGAAAUUGAGCUCAGGUGCAUCCUGUUUCCAUUGAUCAUCCUUGAUGUUUCUACAACUUGAUUCGAGUCCACCUGUGGUAAAUUCAAUUGAUUGGACAUGAUUUGGAAAGGCACACACAUGUCUAUAUAAGGUCCCACAGUUGACAGUGCAUGUCAGUGCAAAAACCAAGCCAUGAGGUUGAAGGAAUUGUUCGUAGAGCUCCGAGACAGGAUUGUGUCGAGGUACAGAUCUGGGGAAGGGUACCAAAAAAUUUCUGCAGCAUUGAAGGUCCCCAAGAACACAGUGGCCUCCAUCAUUCUUAAAUGGAAGUUUGGAACCACCAAGACUCUUCCUAGAGCUGGCAGCCCAGCCAAACUGAGCAAUCGGGGGAGAAGUGCCUUGGUCAUGGAGGUGACCAAGAACCCAAUGGUCACAGAGCUCCGGAGUUCCUCUGUGGAGAUGGGAGAACCUUCCAGAAGGACAACCAUCUCUGCAGCACUCCACCAAUCAGGCCUUUAUGGUAGAGUGGCCAGACGCAAGCCACUCCUCAGUAAAAGGCACAUGACAGCCCGCUUGGAGUUUGCCAAAAGGCACCUAAAGACUCUCAGACCAUGAGAAACAAGAUUCUCUGGUCUGAUGAAACCAAGAUUGAACUCUUUGGCCUGAAUGCCAAGCGUCACAUCUGGAGGAAACCUGGCACCAUCCCUACGGUGAAGCAUGAUGGUGGCAGCAUCAUGCUGUGGGGAUGUCUUUCAGUGGCAGGGACUGGGAGACUAGUCAGGAUCGAGGGAAAGAUGAACGGAGCAAAGUACAGAGAGAUCCUUGAUGAAAACCUGCUCCAGAGCGCUCAGCACCUCAGACUUGGGAAAAUGUUCACCUUCCAACAGGACAACGACCCUAAGCAAACAGCCAAGACAAUGCAGGAGUGGCUUCGGGACAAUUCUCUGAAUGUCCUUGAGUGGCCCAGCCAGAGCCCGGACUUGAACCCGAUCGAACAUCCCUGGAGAGACCUGAAAAUAGCUGUGCAGCGACGCUCCCCAUCCAACCUGACAGAGCUUGAGAGGAUCUGCAGAGAAGAAUGGGAGAAUCGCCCCAAAUACAGGUGUGCCAAGCUUAUAGCGUCAUACUCAAGGCUGUAAUCGCUGCCAAAGGUGCUUGAAGAAAAUACUGAGUAAAGGGUCUGAAUACUUAUGUAAAUGUGAUUUCAGUUUUUUUAUUUUUUAUAAAUUUGCAAAAAUUGAUAAACAGUUUUUGCUUUGUCAUUAUAGGGUAUUGUGUGUAGAUUGACAAGGAAACAAAUAUAUUUAAUCUAUUUUAGAAUAAGGCUGUAAUGUAACAAAAUGUGGAAAACGUCAAGGGGUCUGAAUACUUUCCGAAUGCACUGUACAUCUCAUACGGCUGUCUCAGGACUGUCACUGUAUACAUCUCACACGGCUGUCUCAGUACUGCCACUGUAUACAUCUCACACGGCUGUCUCAGGACUGUCACUGUAUACAUCUCACACGGCUGUCUCAGUACUGCCACUGUAUACAUCUCACACGGCUGUCUCAGGACUGUCACUGUAUACAUCUCACACGGCUGUCUCAGUACUGCCACUGUAUACAUCUCACACGGCUGUCUCUCUCUUCCCUCUCGGUCCUCCCCAGUGAUCUGGCUGGUGGUGAGUGAGAUGGUGGAUAGGAGUGAUCUGGCCUGCCCUCCUCCCUCGGCCCUGUCCCAGGACGUCCUCACAGUGUUCCAGUUCCACAGCUACGUCUCAGAGCACAGCGUUGGGGACAUGGAGCAACACCUACUGCAGGUGGCCAGAGAGGGUAAGGCUCAGGACAAACACACCUUCUACCGCUACCAACAUUCAUGUUACUAGCCUCCCAUCUUUUCUCAUCUGUUGGGGGUCCUAGGAUACUAAAUUGCUCGGAGGCUGAGUAGUUUAUAGUCUAGGUGCCAUUCAGUUUUGCUUUAACUAACAUUUUGCUGUUUGGCAAGACGAUGUAGUGUUGAAUGUAGAACCAGUCAGUAACCCAAGUUAGAGGUCUGAUGAUCUGAUUAAGACUGAGGGGGUCCAAACAUUAACAGACUUGCUACAUGGUCCACUGAACAAAACUUGCUUGUAGCUAUAAGUACCUGUGUGAGUUAAUGUUGUAAUAAACUCGAUUGGCCGUCCAUCCCUCAGCUCUGUUUGCGGAGGGCCUGAGCGGCGGCGACUCGGAACGUUGUCUAAAGGAACUAGAGGAGGUGUCACACACCGGCCUGUGUCCCCAACUGCAGACCCUCAGGGCCCUGGCCUCCCUCCUCUCCCACCAAGACCCCCAGCUCAGCAAGGCUGCAGCUGCCUACAUCACUGCUGCUGCCUCUCACACACCCUUUAGGUCAAAGGUCAGUGUGUGUCAAAUGGUGUUUAUAUUAGCCUGGGAGCGUCAAGGAUCAACCCUACUGUCUGUCAAGUACUCACUAAAUUAGCCAGGAUUACUGGACAGGUGUGUUACGGCAGGGAACUAACUGAAUUUGUUCAUUUGUUUUUCUGUGUGUGUGUGUGUGUGUGUGUGUGCGUUUACAGGCGGUAGACUGCUACACACAGGCUUUGUCGGAGGGGAGAAUUCAAACCCAAAGGUCUGCCUGCGCUGCUCUCAGUUAUUUACAGGUCAGUGUAUAUCUGACAGCAAUAUUCUAUUUCUAUGGAAGUUCAACUGAAGUUUAACCGGUCUGUAUGUUCCUGGUCUUAGUAAGAUUUAUUUAUGAAUCAAGUAAUUCAUAUUCAUUAUGAUGUCUCCCUGAAGAAAGAGCGUGACAUACAUUCCUUAUUUACUUCUUCAGUGGCUCAGUCUCCUUUCAUCAACAUACCCAUUACUAAGUUAACCUGUUUUUCUCUCUCUGUUAGGCGGUGGAGAGUAUUCGAGCGGUGGUGUCGCUGUGUGACUCGGCAGAUGAGGAGCUUCACCACGUUGCCAUAAAAACCCUGCUCGCCUUGGGUGAGUGAUUGACAAAAAACAUGUCUGUUUUAGUGAACUUAAAUAAACUUUCCAAAUGGUUGAGGUCUAACGUGACUCCUCCUCCUCUUGCUGCUGCCGGACCCCAGGAGAGGAGGGGCGUCUGGCGUAUGAGCAGCUGGACACAGUGCCCAGGGAGCUGGUACAACUGGGGACACGGCGAGGGAAUGCUGUCACCACCGCCUUCUGA